AUGGAAACACCUUUUUGGGGUCCUCAGACCUCCUAUCUUAAUUUCUGUGAAGAGGACUAUGUGGUGACUCGAUACGUGGCUGAGUUCAUCAAUACACUCAGCAGCCUCGUCUACGUUGCCUACGGACUCUACGGCUUGCUCAGUUACUCCCAAUUCCCAGCCGGCUCACGCCUGUUCCUCUACUGUGGAUUGAUGGGUGUAGGUAUUUGCUCUGGCGGAUACCACAUGACUCUGAAAUACCACACUCAGAUGUCCGAUGAGCUAUCCAUGCACUUAUUGACCACUCCGCUUGUCUAUCGCCUGCUUACCUUCAAGGCCAGCCCCCGGCGCACAAUGUUGAUAGGAAUUGUGCUGUUAUCCCUCUUCACCCUCGUCAUGGUCACGCACGUUGUCCUAGAUGAAUUCGUUCUCCAUGCAGUCACAUUUGCCUCGGGAGUACUGAUUGUCGCAAACCGGGCUCUCAAGAUCAUUUCCCAGCACGUCCUCGAUUCUCAAACCAGACAAAGUCUUCGAAACAUCUCCCUUUUCUGUUGCUGGUGCUUUGGCUUUGGAUACUUUCUCUGGCUGAUUGGUGAAUUGGCAUGCCGCUACUUGACGAAUGCGAGAAACGCUUUGGGAUUACCUUUAGCGUUCUUCCUGGAACUGCAUGGAUGGUGGCACAUCUUCACAGCUGUUGGAAGCUACAUCGCUGUUGUGGUCGUUGAUCUUAUCACGUCUGAAGAUGAGGUCGUCAGUGACCCUACCCAACACUUGGCUUGGCCGAUCCCUUUUGUAGCUCGCCGCAUGGCCCAAUCGCCAGGGACAGUGAAGGAAAAGGCGGCUUAG